AUGAACCCAUUUUUGCAAGAGAAUGAAUUUCCUUUCGAUAAAGACAUUAUUGACAUGUCCACUGAAAUUUUCAGGGACAAUCUAAGCCAUUCUUUAAAUCAAGGACUAAAAUUUACCCAUCAGGCUAAGUAAGCUCUAAAUAGAAAAAAUAAAAAAACAAUCGAGAACGAAACCUUGUCAGGUAUUGAGCCAGCUGACAAAGCUUUUCAAUUCAAAAAAAUUAUUAAAGAACUCUUCGUUUGGAUCCACAAAUCAAAAGCUGUUUCAAUAACCGAUGAACAGUUUUGAGAAUGGGCACGCUCAAUUAACCCUGAAAGCUUAAAUAAAGAAAAAGAAUUAAAAAUCACCUGCACUGACUUUUUUGAAAGAAUAGUGAGCAGCCCACAAUUCAGAACAAUAAUUAGGGCUUGGAUAAAGGACUAUGAAAAAACACUUGAUGAUGGAGAAGAAAAUUUAAAGACCAAAAUUCUCCUAGAGUACAUAAAAAAGAGAAUCCGAGAAGCACCUCAGGGCCAGAGCAAGCUAAAAAAAAGAUGUGUGGGGCUACAAGUAACUCAAAAGACCAAGGAAAGCAAAAUACAAACUGAAAAUGAAGAAUAUGAAAAGACAGUGGACGAACUAAAUAAUGAAUUGGAAGUAAAAUCAACAAUUUUAACAAUUAUGAAGAAGAAUUUUAGAGACCAAGAAAAAAUUAUUGAGGGGUUAAAAGAAAAGAUUGAGAGUGUGGCUGGAAAGUGCUAUGAAAGUGAUUCAUAA